CGUACCAAUCAUUUGGCCUUUUCCAGUCCUGCCGCAUGCACCUGGAUUACGGUGACCUGGAUGCACAUGUUACCGGGCCACAGCGAACUCAGUUGUCGAUAAAGUCUCAGUAAUGCGUCUUGUCAUUUGGAAACUGCUUAACAUCGAGAUGCACAUAUUCGUUGCGAUUGUCAACGUACUCAUGCUCUUCGAUUACGGAGCGACGGCAAACGAGAUUGUCUACCCAAGUCUGGUAGAAGGUAGGGACUCCAAUGGAAUCAAAGUGGUCCGCAUCAAUGAUGACCUGACACUCAAUCUGCGAAGAAGCGACUUUCUAGGAAGCGAACUGAUCACGUCCUACUGGAAAGAUGGAGAAUUGCACCAUGACGCUGUGAACUCUGCUAUUUUCGGCUUGCACGAUGACCCUGAGCACUUCUCCGCCGUUCUGCUGCACGAGCUGCAACGUGGUGUGCAAUUGCGAGGCCUUCUGACACCAUCCCUCUACAUUGAACCUCUCUACACCAUGGAACGCUCUGACGCUGGUAGAAUGGCGCACAAAAUUUACAAAGUGCGCGAACAGAGUCCAAUCGGAACAGGGUGGACAGCAGGAGUGGAGGUGUCAGAGCGCUCCUACCGGUGGGGUCCUCACGGUCCACAGCUACCGGUGACGGUUCCAAUCGACGUGGGUGUUGUUUGCACCACCAGGCAUCGUGCGGAAUUCAAGACUGAUAGAGCACACAUAACCUACGUCGUAGUCUUCAUGAGAUCGGUCUCUUUGAGGUUCACCGCAUUCAUACCCAGGAUAAAGUUUAGGCUUGUGGGUCUACAUGUGGCAUUGGAAAACGAAACUCAAUAUUUGCUGGGAUCAGGCAAUAUAGUAGUGAGCGAGGUCAACAAUCCUAACUUUAUUCAAGUGGAUGGUGAAUGGACACUUGAAAGGCUCAGAGGAUUUUUUAACCAAAGUGCCACUGAGAGUACACCAAACCCGCACAUUGUGUACCUGAUCACAAAGGAACACUUAAUCAUGGACUGGGAAGAGAAGAUUUUUGUUCCAGGAAUGGCCUUUCCUGGUGGAAUUUGUACAGACUACAACGUCGGUAUGGGCUGGGACGAUGCGAAGUACUAUCUUGGAAUAGAGAUAGCUGUACGGAUGAUGGCCCACUUGCUAGGUGCCCCCUUUGACAACGUCACGGAAGGGUGUGAAUGGAAUAAGGGAUACAUCAUGGGAAAUUAUACGGUGUUGACUAUAAAUAUGUACAAGUUUUCUGACUGCAGCAUGAAGGGGAUGAUGGAGACGUUAAGGCGUCGCUUGCUCACGAGUUUCAAGUUGAAGGAAAAUAAAUCACUGGACACUGACGAAAGCGGAGAGACGAUAUGCUUUGAGUCGCCUUAUAGCUCCAUGGAAUCUAUCAGUGACAAAUUGCCUGGCCAGACAGUCGACGAGAAUGAGUUCUGCAAAUAUCUCAUGCAGGCACGCGACGAUAAAUAUGUCUUCCUUUGCGGGGUAAGCAAAUACUUAUGCGUGCAAUCGAGAUUUGCUGGCAUUUGGAAAGGCUAUUUACUUCUCCGGCGGAAAAGGGAGAGAUUGGCGUCCCAUUGCUACGCGACCCAGCCGCGCCGGACCCAAAAUGGCGGUUUCGCUCCCCGGUUUGGUACUGUUUAUCACCAGCGUCAUCAUGGUGGUGAUUCCUGGGGUGAGCCCAGAGGGGUGUGGCCCUACAAGAUGGUUCACAAACGCGGGAGGAGACAAGGAGGCUCUAUUCGUAAAGACGUGGUUGGCAUCACGUCGUUGUAG